GUACAAAAUUUUAUCAUUCCUUUUUGGACCAUAGGAAGUGCAUAAAUAGCCAAUUGUUAUAUAAUUUUUUUUUUAAUUAUUACAGCUUUUCUUAAUUAUUGUUAAUUUUUAAUCAUUUUAAAUAUAUUAUUUUAAAAAAUGCCUGAAAGUGUAACGAUAAAUAAUUUAAAUAAUAUUACAGUAAAAUCAUCGAGUGCAUUAGCGUCAUUAUCACAGAAAGUAUUUGAAAAGGAGGAAAAAUACAGUGCACACAAUUAUCAUCCAAUACCGGUUGCAUUAUGCAGGGCGCAAGGAGUUUUCAUGUGGGAUGUAGAAGGAAAACGUUACUACGACUUUCUAGCUGCAUAUUCAGCUGUAAAUCAAGGACAUUGCCAUCCAAAAAUUAUUGAAGCACUUAAAAGUCAAGCGGAAAUAUUAACACUCACAUCAAGAGCAUUUUAUUCCGAUGUACUGGGAGAAUAUGCCAAAUAUAUAACAGAAAUGUUUGGAUACGAUAAAGUUUUACCAAUGAAUACAGGUGUUGAAGGUGGUGAAACUGCUUGUAAACUAGCUAGAAAAUGGGGUUACGAAGUUAAAAAAAUACCAGAAAAUUCUGCAAAAAUUGUAUUUGCUGAGGGUAAUUUUUGGGGACGUACUAUGGCAGCUGUUUCAUCGUCUACGGAUCCAUCAAGUUACGCAGGAUUUGGACCAUUUAUGCCCGGUUUUGAAAUAAUCCCUUAUGAUGAUUUGGAAGCUUUAGAGAAAAGUUUACAAGAUCCAAAUGUGUGUGCAUUUAUGGUCGAACCAAUACAAGGUGAAGCUGGUGUGCGUGUACCAAAACGAGGCUAUCUCCAAAGUGUUCGUGAACUAUGUACAAAAUAUAACGUACUAUGGAUCGCAGAUGAAGUACAAACCGGUUUAGGCAGAACCGGAAAAUUAUUAGCCGUAGAUCAUGAAAAUGUUCGUCCUGAUGUUUUAAUAUUAGGAAAAGCGUUGUCAGGUGGAGUAUUACCUGUUUCGGCAGUAUUAGCAAACAAUGAUAUUAUGUUAUGCAUAAAACCUGGUGAACAUGGUUCAACGUUUGGAGGUAAUCCUUUAGGAUUAAGAGUUGCAAUGGCAGCUUUACAAGUAAUUAAAGACGAGAAAUUAUGUGAAAAUUCGUUAAGAUUGGGUGAAAUAUUACGGAAUGAAUUAAAGAAAUUACCAACAGAUAUUGUACAAGAAGUAAGAGGCAAGGGGUUAAUGAAUGCUAUUGUAACUCAUGAUGCGUAUGAUUCUUUUGAAAUAUGUAUUAAAUUAAAAGAAUGUGGAUUAUUAGCGAAACCAUCGCACGGUAUUAUUCGAUUAUCGCCACCAUUAUGUAUCACAGAAGAACAGAUUAUGGAAUGUUCAAGUAUUAUUCUUAAUGUUUUUAAUUCGUUAAAAUCAAAAUAAUUUUUUUAUAUUAUU